AUGGUGGGUAUCAAUGGUAAUCCUGGGGAUAAGUCUCAGGGAAACAGGCAUGGCGGCUCACAAAUCGCCGGGCACAAUGUGAUUCCUCUUUUCAAGAGCGAGAAGCGAACAGCCGGGUUCACUGCGAGGCAGCGAGCCCACGAAAACCACAUUUACCCGGGUGACCUUCCCCAGUUGGCUCUGGAAGAUGGUCUUUCUUCACUUGCAUCCGCCUGUAAGGCCAAGAAGGGCAAUUGGGGCCCCGAUGUCGUCGAAGUGGCCUCCCUCUACUCCCCGUCACAACAAGGCAUUCUCCUCAGCCGAGCCGAAGAUGACGCGCCCGACCCCAACGCUGCCAUCAGACAAGUCCCCUCGUGCGCUGCUCAUCUGUGA